AGCCGAGCCAUUCAACGAUGUCGCAAUUGAAUUUGAUUCCAGUUCUUCGCGGCGAGGCGGCCGAUUCCGACAGUUGCCGCUUUACCUUUACAGUGUUACCAGUUCAAGUUGUACACUUAUACAUACACCUAGUCUUUGGGAAUAUUUCGAUACUCCAAGGAGUACAAUUUUUCCCUCUAUAAAAUAUCACCGACGACAGAUCAUCGAUUCGUCGAUAAAAACACAGCGGUGCGAAAACGGAGUUUGGAUUUGGAUUUGAAUUUGAAUUUGAAUUGAAAAAAAAAUAAAAAUAAAAUAGAGCCACGAUUCACACCGUUAUAACGCAUCGUCAGCCGCGUCAAACUGGCAUGAUAAUUUUCCAAAAAUUUAGCAAUCUCAAAGAUUGCUGAAGAAUCGUUGGUAAAACGGAAGGAUUCUCUUUCCGUCUUUGUUUUGUCUCGUGAUCCGCAACGAUAAAAUAUAUACACCCGUUACAAUUAUAAUUAUUAUCGCGAGUGGUGUUUGUUAGUAAAAAAAAAAAGAAAAAAAAAAAAAAAACACGGAAUAAACAAAUCAAACUUUUUCGGUGAUAUAAUUAGCGAAAUAAGAUGGAUGUGGCCGGUGGUACGACUGCCGGUAACGCGGUGGCGUCGCUCGAGUUGAAAACGAGAAGGGCGCAAUUUCAACCACAGCUGUCGACCGUUGCUACGAGAAGAAGACAGGCGAUAUGUGUGAGAAGAGCCUACAAAAAAUAUGGACCCAAAAGCAACCCGAACGUCAUUUUGGACGGGCUGAACAUGACGGUGCCCAAGGGAACCAUCUACGGACUCCUGGGGGCAAGUGGAUGCGGAAAGACGACGUUGUUGUCAUGCAUAGUUGGCAGACGGCGGCUCAAUUCGGGGGAGAUUUGGGUCCUCGGAGGUCGGCCAGGGUCCAAAGGUUCAGGCGUUCCUGGUCCACGGGUCGGCUACAUGCCCCAAGAAAUUGCGCUCUACGGAGAAUUUUCCAUCAGAGAAACCUUCAUCUAUUUUGGGUGGUGCGCAGGCAUGACCACAGAACAAGUCGACCAAAAGAUGGACUUCCUCAUAAAGCUACUGCAACUCCCUUCGGAGAGUAGGUUUGUGAAAAAUCUCUCCGGAGGACAACAGAGGCGAGUGUCAUUUGCAGCUGCUCUUCUCCCGGACCCCGAACUCCUGAUUCUGGACGAGCCAACCGUCGGAGUUGACCCGGUGCUGCGUCAGAGCAUAUGGGACCACUUGGUCCACAUAACGAAGGAUGGGAACAAAACUGUUAUUAUAACAACUCACUACAUCGAAGAAACCCGACAGGCUGGCAUGAUCGGUCUCAUGAGAGGCGGCAAAUUUUUGGCCGAAGAAUCACCCACCAGACUCAUGGCUAUGCACAGGCUCGAUACUCUCGAAGAAGUCUUUCUCAAACUCAGUCGCAAGCAGAAUAUGGGACUCAGAAGAAGGAGCAGCAUUUUGAGUAGCGUCAUCGGAGUCCCCCCUGAAGUGAAUGUGGAUGACGAGAUGAGCGGUGAGUUUGGAGACAAUGUCAGUAUAUCUAGCAGGCGAAGGAGUAUUGCUGUAACAGAAGACGAAAGUGUCUCUGAUUUGCCUCCCGAGGAAAAAGGUACUUCUAAAUUCAAAAUGCUGGAUCCCAUGCACAUGAAGGCUCUCAUAUGGAAAAACUUUUUAUGGAUGUGGCGAAAUUUUGGCGUUAUGACAUUUGUGAUCGGUCUGCCGGUGGUACAGAUUAUCCUGUUUUGCCUGUCGAUUGGAAAAGAUCCUGUGGGAUUGAAGUUGGCUGUGGUCAACAAUGAACUGGACAGUUAUUUGGAUCCUUGCACUCUUUCCACUGGUUGCGACAUGACCCUUUUGAGUUGUCGAUAUAUGCGGCACAUCGAAAACAGAUCUGUCGUUAUCGUGCCCUAUGAAACUGACGAGGAGGCCACCCACGCGGUCAGAAAAGGCUGGGCAUGGGGCGCCAUGAACUUUCCUGGUAACUUUACCGACUCUCUCGUUGACCGGAUGGAAAAUGGCAGAUCUGCAGAUGAGUGGAGUCUAAUCUACUCCGACGUUAACAUCACCAUGGACAUGUCUAAUCAACAAAUUGGGCAGCUUCUUCAGAGAGACUUACUGUAUUCUUUCAUGGACUUUGCUAAAGAGGUUUCAAUCGCUUGUAAUUACAGUGACAAGGCCACACGUAUUCCGAUCGACUUUCGUACCCCAAUCUACGGUCCAAAAGAACCUAAUUUCACAGACUUUGCAGCACCUGGUAUAAUCUUGACAAUCAUUUUCUUUCUUUCUGUGGCCUUAACGUCGGGAGCUCUUCUGCUAGAAAGAAAUGAAGGCUUGAUGGAGAGGGGUUUGGUUUCUGGUAUCACUGGGACUGAAAUUCUACUAGGUCAGGUUGUUACUCAGUUUGUUGUGAUGUGCGGCCAAACAUUGAUGGUCCUCGUAUUUUCCUUUGCGGUCUUUAAGCUGACAUGUGAGGGUGACAUUGGUUUAGUCACAGUUUUAACAGUAUUAACUGGGCUUUGCGGAAUGUGUUUCGGUUUCUUGGUGGCAUGCGCCUGUGAAAAUGAGCGCAGCGCAACAUACAUGGCAAUGGGUUCCUUUCUGCCAAUUGUAAUGCUUUGCGGAAUAAUCUGGCCGGUCGAGGGAAUGCAUCCUAUCCUUAGAUGCAUCAGUUUUGUUUUACCACUGACAAAAAGUACGGAAUCGAUCCGAGCGAUUCUCGGUAAGGGCUGGUCGAUUACAGAAUCUGCAGUUUACCAGGGUUUUAUUUCAACAUUCUUAUGGAUAAUUGUCUUUCUCACGAUAUCCAUUUUACUAAUAAAAUUCAAAAAGGGUUAAGCAAGUCUUAGUCACCUUCAUCUUUUCAUUAGACGAUCAAAUUUACCUUUCAUUUAUCUAGCAAUCACGUUACGAACGGAAAUCAUUUGAGCAUACAACGCUGAAGUUACAUUCAUUUGAAUAGAAUUGUGCGUGGCGAGAGAGACUAACAUGACUCUUCGAUUCUUCUACAUUGGUAAAGUUCUCGGUAGAGUCUUGACACUUUUAGCGAGUAAGGUAGAGACAGCUUUUGCUAAAUUAUUAUGUUUGUUGGAUUAUCAUCAGUUGCCACUCCACCUCCUGCUUUAUACAUAUGUAUAUUACUGAUAACGCCACAGCCAUGUUGCGUGUGAUUUGUGUGUAAAUUUUGGAGUCCGAAAUUUUCUGCAAAUAGGAAUAUAGGUGGGUCCAUUGCUAUCGAGUCCGAAAGAUUGUAUAAAUCAAAUUUCUCUGACUCAUAGCGUGGAUAAAUAUUAACGCCAUUAAUGCAAAGUGCAGUAAUUCUGGCCGCGUGGCUUGUUGAAUCAAGCAUCUGUAUAUUAUUUAAACUUUUAAUUAACUUGGGAGAGUAUCUGACAUUAUGUUGUAUAAAUUUUCUUAACGUUGAGUAUACUGAAUAGCUAGUUAGUAGUCCUAAGUUAUAUUUUAUAUAAAUAUGUUAUCGCAUCCGACUAUGUGAAUAAAAUUUUAAAAUAGUAA